GACACUCCAUAUUUAAUUCAGCUCUAUUAUUAUUUGUGUGUGUCUGUGUGUGUGUGAUUCAGGUCAUAACCUUUUUUCAGUUUCAGUAAAUGUAUUCUCUUUUCCAUUAAGUUUUGAAAAUUGCCUGCAGGUUCAACAGUGUGUGAAAUAUUCCAGCUGAAUGAUAUAUAGUUACUAAUUCAAUAGUGUGCAAGUGGAACAAAACCAGUCCUCACUUCAUUCACAGAACUGAUAGCAAAGGUGAUUAUGUGUACCAGACAUGAUUUCGUGAGAGAUGCAGCCCACAUGUCUAAAAAGGGGAAAGGCUGUGGUUUCUUGACAUGUGUCUCAGACUCAUAUAAGCAUAUGAAAUGUCAAAAAGGUUUAAAGUUUUCAGAAACAUGUGUGAGAGAGAAGCUUAAACAUUACAUGGCUGUUUUUCGUAGAUAAUGCAGGAAGAAAAAAGACAUCCGUCAGUUUGUCCUGCUUAGGUCAUGUUCAACGGAUUUUGUCCUUGUGGUUUAUUGCUUUGAGAAAAUAUUGCUGAUCUUUGGCAGCAGAGAUUUCCUUCAUGAGAGCUUAUACCACGGAAAACUACCACCAGUUUCGCUCUACAAGAAAUGAUACUUUGAAGUAUCAUUAGCUAAGUUUCAUUAUGACGAACUGCUCAACUAAAGAUGUGGACACUUUGACGCAGAAGUUGGACUUGGCGAUUUAUGUGCCCGUCUUGGUGUUCGGCUUGGCGUUAAACAUUGCGGCAUUGGUGGUGUUCUGUCAGCUGCUCAAAAAAUGGACAGAGUCCUCGAUCUACAUGACCAACCUGGCCCUGAUGGACCUGCUGUUGCUGCUGCAGCUGCCCUUCAAAAUGCACGCAGCAUACCACACGUGGGAAGAAAACAAAAUGCUCCUUUGCUCUUUCCUGGAAAGUCUUUACUUUGUGGCCAUGUACGGCAGCAUCUACACAAUUGCAUCCAUAGCCAUAGACCGAUACAUCGCCAUAAACCACCCGUUUCGCGCCAAACAGAUGCGUUCGAAGAAAAAUGCCAUGAUUGUUUGUGUUCUCAUCUGGGUGUUCGUUAUGGCUGCGACUUCACCCAUCUAUACCUUCCGGAAUAAGAGAGAGGGUAAUUUCACUUGUUUCCACGGUUUCUCUAAGAAGGGUUGGAGCACUGCAAUAAUUGUGUGUCUGGAGCUCUUCGGUUUCCUGUUGCCCGCCGCAGUACUGGUGGUUUGUUCCAUUCAAAGCAUCCGUACUCUCAAAGCCUCAAAAAGCAGCAACCCCAAGAAGCAAGCUGGUGUGAGAAUCAUCUACAGCAGCCUAGCAGCCUUCCUAGUGCCCUUCACCCCCUGUCACAUAGCAAUUUUCCUUCAGUACCUGGUGCGUAAUGACUUUAUUUUAGACUGUAAACAGCAGAAGAACAUCGCCCUCUUUAUACAGGUGUCAAUGAACAUUGCAAAUGUGACCUGCUGCUUGGACGCGCUAUGUUACUAUUUCAUCGCGAAGGAAGUCCGAUCCACCAAGGAGACACUUAAACUGUCCAUCAGCAAAGCGAGAAACACCAGCACCUCGGAAGUUUGAUAAGUCAAAUUCAGUUUAUUAGACUUUCAGAAUGUGUGUCGGUGGCUUGUCGGCGACAGUAAGAGACCGCAAGGAAAUAUUUUGGACCAAUUUCAAAGGCUCUUGAGGUUAAUUGCAUGUUUCAUGGACAUAAAUGGACAAAUAUUACUUCCAGUUAAAAGGCUAAUAAUCCCCCUCCCCCCAUCCUCAAAAAAAAUUAUUUACUAACCCUCAUGUAAUUUUAAAACUGUAUGACUUUAUUUAUUGUUUCUUUUUAAAGCCAUCAUGAAAUCAAAACUGACAAUUCUUAUUUUUUUAUAGAAUAUUGCAGUAUUUGUUAGAAAUUAUUUAUCCAUACACACUAGUUUUUUCAAAUUCACGUGCCCUCAUAAUCUUUAAUCAAAAUAAUUCCCCUCCCUCUUGCAUUGACAUCUCUUCUCUAAUGAUGCGAGGGCGGGGCAACCUGUCACUCACGUAAGAUCGACCAAUAGAAAACAACAACCAUCCAACUAUCCAAUCAACUCCCAAUGAACAAAAUAAAGUCACGCCCUAAUUUUUUCUUGUUCGAGAAGUCGUUUCACAUAUACGCAGUGUUGGGAAGGUUACUUUGGAAAUGUAAUAGGGCACAGAUUACAAGUUACCCUAUUUAAAAUGUAAUAAGUAGUGUAAUUAUUUCAAUUACUUUAUUAAAGUAAUGUAUCUGAUUACAUCUAAUUACUUUUCUAAAUUUCUAAUGAAUGUUUUCAACUGUUAAUCAUUUUCAAACAUUUAAACCUUACAGUGGUACUCAACACUGAUUAGUGUCAGACUUUCAAAAUACUUCAUCACUUGAAUCAAGAUUAUAAUAAUUUAAUUUUAAAGCAUAGCCACCCCAAAGUCAGACUUUAUCACCUCAUUUUUACUUUGAGAUCAUUCUGAGGUUAAAUACAGAUUUCUGAAUUAAAUGAUUUUUACAUUUCCAGCACUGGAACACAUUUUUUAUCACUGGUGGCAACUCUCAGGUUGUAGCCUAAAGCUUUCGGUGGCAAUGUGGAAACCCCCUUUGUAAUCAUUAACAUUUUCAUAAGUAACUGUAAUUUAAUUACAUUACAUUUACGGAUUACAGUAACAUUUAUUUUGUAAUUAAAUUACGUAACACUGUUACAUGUAAUUAGUUACUCCCCAACAUUGGAUAUAUGUCACAAUAGUGAAGAAAUGUCUAUUGCAGAUUCAGUUUCAUGCCAAUUUUAAACAAAAAACUGGUAUUUUGGAGAAAUGCCUCUCUGUUUUUUUGCCCAUGCAAAGAAGUCAGUGGACUUUAAUGUUGUUUGGUUCGCAAUGGUCUAUAAAAUAUCUUCUUUUAUGUUCCGCAUUAUAAAAAAGUCAUUCAGGUGUGGAAUGGCAUGAGGGUGAAUAAAUGAUGACAAUUUUCAUUUUUUGGGUGGACUAUCCCUUUAAUUUUACCAAGUGUGUCAAAUUGAGAUGAAACAGGAAUACAACAGAAACUUUAACCUGAUCUUCAGAUUUGAACAGUCCCAAGAUCUGAUAAUUUGGCUGGUUGGGAUUUCAAGAUCAGGAUCUCCCAAAUCCAUUCCAUUUGUGAAAUGUAACUUUCACAAGACUAUAAGCGAUAAAUAAUUCUUUAUUCCUUGAACCACAUCCUUGAAACCCCGUCCUCUCUAAAGCCAUAGCAACAAAAACCACCCACACAGAACGAUUGCCAGUCUGAGAUCAUUUCUGAUUGCAUUUCCGCACCCCUGACCCCUUUUUGCUGUUUUUGAGUCUAGGUCUGUCAUAGAGAUGUGGCAUCUCAAGACACUCAUUUAAAGAUUACUGGGACAUUUCAUUUGCGGUAUUCAAAGUGUUUACUGCAUUUAAUAGAGUGCUGCAGGGAUGACAUAUUUUGUAGGCCAAAACCCUAUAAAUGAGUUUGAGCACUCCUUUUUCGGUUGACGUUAAAGUCAUCCGACUGCGGUGUAGUUCGUUUAUAGCCUACGAUAUCUUUUUACAUCUGUCGAUUGUAUUUAGGCUUCAAAAUUCAUAUAAGUUGUGUUCAUCUGAUGAUCAAAUCAUUUAAAAAUGGCAAACCUUUGUCACAGAGCUUAUUUUCUGCAAUGAUCCGAAAAAUCCUAUUUGUUUUUUGUCAAGACGGGCCUACAAAAAUAUGUCAUUACUGCAGUGCUCUAAUUCAUUUAUUUUGAAUGAAACUGUGUCUGUCCAUUUGCCAUUUGCCAUUGCGAUUUUUCACCAAAGAUUCUGUAUUUUUCUUUAUCUAACAGCCCACACUGUCAACAUGAAAAACUUGAGGUGUUCCUGCUCACACGCGAUGGUCGUCUGGCAAACCAUCUUGAAACCUUCACAAUGACUCAUAAGCGUUUCUGAUGCAACACUGGUUAAUGCAUUACUUCACAAUUACCUCUUUUAUUCUGUAAUCUGCCUCUUAAAUCAGAGUAUUAAAAUAUUUAUGUGGACUUGCGUAGACUUGGCCUACACAGGAAUCACUUGUUUUGUUAGUGUUGUGUUAGUAUUAAACAGAUUCCCAUUGA